AUGGCUGGGCUACACCACAUUGCCGGGCGACUGCUGCAUUUUGGGGAACCUGACAGAUGCACACCACGCGGCAAUGUCCAACAAGUUUUGAGAGGCUUUAUGGAAUGUCUUCGAAUGGCGAAUCAUGACCAGAAGGACAUCCUUGGUUUGAGCGAAGUCAGUGAGACGUUGAUGAAGGCGCUUGCUUCUUGGAGCUCUGCAAUUGACAUUCACGAAGCUGGCAGGCCUGAAGCUAUGGAGAAGCACAUUGUGAAGACAGUGAAUUCUGGAGGCAUUUUGAUGUUGCCAAUCUUAGCGCGGGAAGCGUUGGUUGUUGUCUACCCUGAAGAUGCGGAUGAGUUAUGCAUCAUUGUGGUCAGCUUGACAGGAGAAUGCAAGUUUGGCAGCUCUGGGAGCAAAAUCUUGGAAGGCGGUGGCUUGAAAAACGCCGUGGAGAUGAGACGCUGGGCUCAACUUCCAUGCUUUCCAGCCCGAUGGAUUCAAAAAUCCAUGUUCCUCUUGCCAGAGGUGAUCGAGUGGCUCAGUGUCCUUGCUACAAAAAAAUACGACCCUACAUGGAACUAUGCCACCCACAAGGCGGAGGAUGAGCGGUUCUUCUACGACUACCUGCUUCCUUAUUUGAAAGGUCGUCCUGGAGCGACUGUUUCACAUCGGAAGAUGAUUGAAAGCGGCCCGUAUGGUCAUGUACGUUUCGGGUUACAUGCUUUGCUCCUGCAUGCGCUUGGACUUCCUCAUGCGGUGUACAAACGCGUGAUUGUGUUUUCCCAGCUAUGUGCCCUACAACAGUUUGCAGUUUACUUUCAAGAUCCCAAUGGUUUGGCAGCAUUACCACAACCAGCACUUGAGCGCUUGUUUGAUUUUCUUCCCAGAGAUGAUGUGAAGAGAGUGCUGGCAGCAAGCAGGCUAUGGGGGUAUCAAGUACUUCCAGUGUACUUUGGCGAAGGGCGAACCCACCUGCAGAAAUUUGACCAAAACCAUCCGGCUCAUUGUCGUAGAAUGGAAGGGCUCUAUGAUCGCUUGCUGGAGAUCAUGCAAGGUGUUGCCCGGAAGCUUUGCAAGAUUUCAUCCAGGGAUGACUUGGAGGACAAGGGCAAUCACGAGUUCACUUGCAUGGCAAAGGCUCAGCUGAAGUUGCUUCGAUCCAAAAUGUCAAAGGAAGGCGUUUUGGCAAAUCUGGAGCAGUCGAGGGAUGAAUCUGCAGACUUGCAUUCUGCACUCCAACUGGUUGGCAACAUUGAGGGAAGUCUUGAAAUUCCAGCAUCCAUUCCCCAGUUUCUUCAUUAUGUCAACACAGCGCUUUUUGCGCCAAGUGUGGAGGAGCAGGGGGCAGUUGCGUGUCAACCGCAGGCAACACAAUGUCCGGAUUUGAUGCGUGAUGACUCUGAUGACUUGCUGCAUGGGCUUGAUGCACUGAAAUCAUGGCUGGAAGCAGCUGAUGACGAGAAUCACUUCCGUGUGGUUGUGCUGUUUGAGGAGAGGAUUUUAACACUGGCAAUGUCAGGGGAUUCACUUCGAGACUGGCCCACGGAUUUCAUUACCAAUUCAAGUGAGGCAACCGCGCUUUCCAUCCAACUUUCUCGCACUCUGGAAGCUUAUGUGGCAGUGUGCGAGAAGCCAAACCAACCUUGGGGAGCUUUGCGGCAUUCGCGUAUUGUAUUGGUGGCAUGGACCAUGGCAUGUUUGCAGGAUGUAUUGCUCCGCGAGCACCAAGGAGAUGCUUUCAAACACGUCUUGCAAGAUUUCCGACCUCCACUUGCAGCCCAUGCGCUGGAGCAUUUGCUGCUCCCGGAGAAGAGAUGGAUGCAAUUGGGACAUCGAGUUGAAUCCUACUUGACAAGCAAAGCUCAUCUCAAGCAUCAGCUGUUUGUGCCAGGAAAGGACAAUGUGGAAGACUUCAUAGCACUGGCUGGAGUCGCAACAUCACAUUUGCCAGAGGUCAUCAAAGCUUGGGAAGAAGCACGAGAAAAAGCUCAAAAGGCAGAAAAGGAAUGGCAGGACCGGUCCGAUCAAAAGGAUGCAUGGGCCAAUAGUCUUGCGCAGGCAAUUGAACAUGACACACAGCUUUUACAGAUGUCAGACCAGCAGCAACCUUGGAGGCGCAGAAAGACUUCGCAAACCUCCAAGCGAAGACUUGCUGAGGAACAAUGCGAAUCAAGGCGCCGGCGGCAGACUGAGGGGCACGCACUCCAGCGCCCACUACCGGCAAAAGUGGAGCCGCUUCCCCAGAUGUCAGAGCAUGAGGCAGAAGCAAGAGCGAUAAUCUUUUCCAUUCAUCUUCCUGAAGAAUUGUCGCUGCUGGGUUCUUCUUUUUGUUUGGCCCGGCACUUGUGGGAUUUCGAUGCUGGUCGCCCCUGUGAAGUCCUGGCCCAGCCAGCUUUCUCAUGGCACAGCCAUUUUUUGGAAUUCUCCACAACAAUAGUGCCAUCUCUGCAAGCAGCUGGCCGCUUCGAACUUUUUGCUGAUCUUGAUGCCACCUUCCGUAGCGGACAGCAGAAAGAUAGCUACAACCUUCCUCUAAACAAAAAUAUUGGAUUCUACCAUCCUGAUGCUGAAUUGGAAGGCUUGCAAUUGCUGUGGCGCUGGCAAGGAGUGCUCGUGAAUCCGUUUCAAACAAGUUGGCCAGACCCAAAUGCCCCACCAGAGUUGUACCGAAUGGAGUUUCCAGCUGACCAAAACGAAGAAUGGAGUGAAGAAUGGAUUUUGGCCUUGCCGAAAGAGAAUGGAAUCUUGGCCCAGCUGCCCCUGCAUUCGCAAGGAAUGUUCCAAGGCAUCACCAAGGCACAGUUCAGGUCUUUGGGUUGUAUUGCCAGCUGCCCACAUUUGCACCUUCGGAGGCUUCUCCCAGCUUUGCAUUCAGGAGAGCUCCCCAUUGAAGAUUCUCGAGUCAAAGCUGUUUGCCAACAGAUACUGUACAGAUUUGGCCCUUCAGAUGUACCACGUUGUUUUUUGGGUCGGUCCUGUAAAGAAGAUCUUCUGGAACUUGCCGAUUGGCCAAGCGUGAAAGCUUUGCCUGAACAAGUUCAAGCACUUGAGACUGAGCGUGGGUCCAUAGAGGCUUUGACGUGUUUGAUGAUUUGUUGCAGCUACGUGGCACAGUUCGAGAAGGAAAGCCAUCCAAAAGAGGCUAUCCAAACUUGCCGCCGGGUGCUUGAAGCAUGGGCCCAAGAAGCACGCUGCCGGUUUCGUGAUCAAGACCAGCAAGCUCCUGGUGCUGAAGAAGUUAGGAAGCGCUUUGCCAAUGUAUUGUUUUCCUACAUACACUCGUUCAGACUGGUGCCAGCAGAUGGUCUCUCCACAAAAGAAGCUUUGCAACUGGCGAAAGCUCGCAUUGACUUGGAGAACUGUUUGGUGAUCAGUGGAAGCCUCUUGAACGAAGCAGACAUGGACGCAGUCAAUGAAGUGUGCUUUCUGCACGAGCACCAACUUGCAGACAGAAACAUCCUUGAUGAGUUGCUAGCUGAGUUCUUGCCAGGGCAGCAGCCUACAGUUCCUUGCAGCUGGAAGGCUCCAGCAGACUCACCGUUCGAGAUGUGGCGACUUGCACAUACAACAGAUGGGCUUGUUGCAAUGCAUCCUUCACGAGGCCUCCUGCUAUUCAACGGCAAGCCGGUUGGGUAUUUGCCACGUGAGAUUCGCAGCCAUCCACAGUUCAAAGAGAUGUUCUCAGAUGUCACGUGCUCCGCAUGCCCACUUGCAAAACAAGGUGUGGAUAUUUUUGAAGCAGGUCCGGUCAACGAUAAGACCUAUGUCUUAGGCUUGCUGCCGCACGGAGAGCUCUUUAUCCAGGAAAAGACAAUGCAGGCAGAUGCAGUUCUCACACUGUUGCUAGCAGAUUACAUGGCCGAAGUGGGGCUGCGGAAAGCUCUAGUGGAGAACUACACGCACUGGUUCUGCGCAAGUGAAAACACCAUUUGGUUCAGGCCAAAGGCCAACUCUGAUGGUCGGGACUACAGCCUUCAAGUUUCAUCUGGGUGGCGAGGAAGAUUGAUUUGCACAUUGAAACAGUCAGGCGGCUGUAAGAUGCAAGUCUUCCUUCCUUCAGAACCUGGAAUUGCUCAUCUUGUGAAGGCUUUGACCUUUGUAGAACCAUCUCAGUUUGUGGAAUAUCUCGGAGAACCCUGUGCUGGAAAGCUUAAGGAAGUGUAUUUCCUUCGCUUGGGCCUCAAGUUUACGGUGCAUGACGGAGAAAGGGGUCGCACUUUGAAAUCGGAAGAUUUUCCGGGCCAUCAACUUGCAGCCAAGCAAACACUCGGCAUGCUUUGCGGUUUUCGUUGCUUCCUUCUGCUGGAAGAAGCACGCCCAGUGCUUCGGGAAAGCUCUGAGAAUUGGCCAGCACCUGCUGGACUGGUGGUUGUGCCCGAGGGCAAGAUCAAUACGCAAGGCAGUCAUGAUGGAUUUCUGCGCUGCGUUUUGCAAUUCAAGGGAUUUCGUCGAAAGUUUUCACAUUUCAAGAUCCAUUGGGAGGAUGGCCAAUUAGAGAUUCCCACGGUGGUGGGCAGACUUCAACUCGCUUCCCUGCUUUGGGCUUGUGCCCGCAUGGAGCCUGAACUUCUUUUUGGUCGUCCCGCGCAGUGGAAAGCGUUGGAACUGCUACGGCAGUGUUGGCAAAAUCAACCAUUUGAGAAGGAAGCAGCACAUUGGUUGCACUGGCUCUCCAAGACUGCCAACAAAGGUGGAGCAGCAUCAAUGGAGUUGAAGUAUGUUUUGACCGAACUCGCCAAGGGAGAAGCUGCCCUGAGGCCCUUCGAUACAGACGAGUCAAGUGAAAUAUCUUGGAGUUGCAUCGAGAAGACAAGUUUGGCAGACAAUGCUGCCAAAUACUGGCUUCGAGCAGCGACUUUGCGCGGCUUGGGUGAGGAAUGGCGGCUUCUGAAUUCUAUUGAAGAAGCUGAAGCCUUUGGCAGUGCCCCUGAAUUCAAGGAGGUUACCCACCGGCCUAGUGCAGCAGCUUUCCAGUUUGCGGAGAACGCCACCAUCUCUCGAAAAAAGUUCCCUCCAUCGAAGGCAGUCAAAGAUGGACUUAACAAAUGGGUCACCAGCAAGGUUUUCAUGUCACAACUUGCAUUCGGGAUUUGCCGGUCUGAUGCUGCUCUUGCUUGGGUGGGAUGGCCACAGCAGCUUCCUUUGCCUCCAGAGAGCGAACUAGCCAGCCUUUGGAGAGUUGCGCAUGAAGAUGCAGAUGGCGGGACACGGACAAGUUCUUUCUUGCAAAAGAUGGCAAGGUUGUGGCAGGCGACAAAUGAAGAUGCAGACAGUUGUCGGAUUCUUCGGGCAAGACUGGGGUUCGCAUCUGUCUUUGAUACUCAGCAAAGCACGCAGCCGAAGUUUCAUUGGCACAUUGCACUUGGCUGUGCCAUGUCCUACUUCCCCAGCUCCUUUCCCAAGUUGCCAAAAUGGGCUCGACGAGCGGUGCUUCCUGAGCUCUCCCCAUUGGAGAAGCCUGAUUCCAUCGCCACGUAUUUGCUCUUGCUAAAGUGCUUGGUGCCUCGCUCUGAAGAAGAAUGCCGGAGUGCAGAAGGAGUGAGGCCCAGCGAAGCCGACAGUAAGCGUUGGCAAGAGCUCAACAGUUCGAACAAAGUGAGCUUCAGCGGUUCAAAGAGGUGGAAGUGGAGCUCGCAAACCGAAAUUCAUCACUUGAAGAGAAGGCGAAGGAACUCGGAGCACAAAGGGUCAUUCUUCGCUAUGAUCAAGACACAGUCAAGCAGGAACUUCAUGAGGCAAGGGUGGAAAAUGAAAGCCUGA